CAAUAUGAACGGCUUAAGCAACAAACUCAUUGGCUGUCAGAUUAAAUUCGCCUUGAUUGUUGGCCUUUUGGUAUCCUUGGCCUGGGCACUUCCUGUCGAGGAUGAUGGAAAACCCCUCAUAACUGAAGAUGAUGCUGUGAACACCGAGCAGCCAAUCGAAGCUGCCCCUGUGGUUGAGGAAGUGGAAAAUGUUGGACAGCUCCGAUUCCCGCCUUUCAAUAACAAUGGAACCAAAUUGUUCGAAAGAUUUGGAGAAAAAUUCAGGAACAAGUGGACCACAACUACAACCACAACGACACAGAGUACAUCAGGAUAAGCUUCAUAAGAAAAAUUAAAAGGAUCAACACACAAAAGAUUGUCACAUACUUCACAUAAAUAUUUAUUUAAAUUCAUUUUAUUAUGCCCGAAAUAACUUGUCUUAUCUUUACAAUAAAAAUACAACGUAUAAAAGCAUAUAAGAGUAUGUUG